GAACGAAUCGUUUUUAUACAUUGUUUUUGUCAUAACAGCAAUCGGGGAGGCUAUAGCGCAACGCACGCGACGCUCCGAAUUCAAAGUGCAGCGGAAGCGCGGUUAUCAUCGCCACCAACGCGACACCCCGCCGAGCCAGCCGUGCAAAGGCCCCAUUGUCACCUUUUCGUCGCUGUCGCGCCGCUGUAGACUUGCUCUCGAAGGCGCGUCAGAAUGAGCGCACCGAGCCCGGCAGACGUCAAAGUCGACGACAGCGUCUUCUUCUACAAUGGCGACAAACAGAAGAUCGUCUGCAAGUCCUGGAGAGCCGAAUCGGAACCGAGGGCUCUGGUGUUCCUGGCUCACGGUUACUCCGAGCACUGCCACGACCCUUGUUACGACACCCUGGCCCGGGCGCUGGUCGGACUCGGCUGCUACGUGUUUGCUCACGACCACGUGGGUCACGGCUUGAGCGAAGGGCGUCGUGCGAUGGUCAAGUCCGCCGACGUGUACGUGGACGACAUCCUCAAGCACGUGGACACGGAGCGGUCAAGGUUCACCAACAGGCCUGUCUAUCUCGUCGGUCAUUCCAUGGGUGGUCUGCUGGUGGUCAUGGCAGCUCAAAGAAGACCCGAUGAUUUCGCCGGCCUGGUUCUGGUGGCACCUUUACUCGGAAUCGACAAGGAACUGGACACGUGUUUCAGGAGAACCUUGGCACGCGUUGUCGGUUUCCUCUUGCCGGCAUUUCCCGUGGGCUCCCUCGACCAGAAGCUGCUGUCCAGGGACCCCGAGGCCAUUCGUCGAUUUGAGAACGACCCGCUACGCUACCAUGGCAGCGUCUGCGCCGGAUGGGUGGCGGCCAUCAUACCUGCGCUCGAGACUGCGGUGGAACAAGCGAAUCGCAUGGAGCUGCCCCUUCUCAUUCAGCACGGCACUGCCGACAAGGUCUGUGACCCGGAAGCCUCCAAGGUGUUCUUCGAUAAAGCUACCAGCAAGGAUAAGACCAUGAAGACCUAUCCUGAAGCGUACCACGAUCUUUUAUGCGAUCUCGAAGACGUUCGGCGGCAGGUACUCAAAGACAUCGUCGACUGGUUCGCGACCCGACUCUCUUCAGAGCGGGCGCCUCCUCCUGUAGAAGGUGAUACAUCGGUCCAGCGUUAAUGCAAAGACUGGCAGCUGGGAAAAAAACAAAAGGCUGCGUUGUUACGCGAUAGAAUCAACCUCACCAAUUCCUUACACUUGGCGUAUUCUGUAAACGACAUGCGCUGCUUAAUUAACGAAGACGAUAAUUACGAUUAUAAAGCGACGCUUUGUUACUGCGGUCACGUUAGCAGGCCUACGGCGUGUAUUGAGAGUGACCAUACGUUUUUCUGAAAUGAGAACCAAAGCUGCAAUAAACAUUGUUACAUUACAGC